AUGGCGGAAUCAGACACACCAGUACUCAGCCCUGACAUUGCUGCCCUCACCCAGCUCAUGAGACAGCAGAUGGAGACCGCCGCCACCCGCGAGCACCACCUGACACAGCUCGUGGAGCGAACUUUGAGGAGCAUUUCUCAACCUCCACCACCGCAACGUCCACCCCCAGCCCCACCGGCACGAGAUCAUGUACCUGCGGCGAGACCAGUUUCGGUCGAUCGCCCUAUGUUACUUGCCUCUGCCUCUCUCGCAGAGUUUGCCGCAUGGGAAGGUCUUUGGCGGGACUACGCCCGGUGCCAGCACCUGGAUUCCCAGGACAAUGCCACCAGAGUGGCAACGGUUCGUCAGUGCCUGGACGAGGACCUCCGGAGAUUUCUUCGUGAGGGCACAAUUCCUCUGGCUGACAACCACGACGACGACGAUCUCAUCAAGGCUGUACAGGCAUACAUUCGCGGCCAGCGUAACCCUCUGCUGGACCGGAUCGCCUUCUAUGCCCGCCAACAGCAGCAUGGAGAGUCCUUCGAUCAGUACCUGACUACCCUCAGGGAGAUCCACAAUUGCUGCGAUUUCAGCGAAGCUGCACUCUGCAAUUUCUGUUCAAGCCGAGUAUGCCGCCAAUGCCAGCAGGGACAGCGUACCAGGUACGACGAGACCAUGCGUGAUCGCCUGGUUACUGGCAUUCUCGACACGGAGGCACGCCAUAAGCUCCUUGCCACUACCGAUCUAACGUUGGAGAAGGUCAUUAAAUUGUGUCGAGCGGAGGAGGCAGCCUCUCGGACGAGCAGCAGUAUCCCCGGCACUAGCUCCGUCAAUGCCGCUCGGAAAACAAAUUAUCAGCGGUCAAAACACGGCAAUAACCCGCGACAGCAACAGGCGUCCGCCACGCCAUCGCAAUGUCCGAAUUGUGGUCGCACUCCCCAUGCCAGCAAGUCGCAGUGUCCUGCACAUGGCAAAAAGUGUAGUGGCUGCAAGAUUAUUGGACAUUUCCAAGCGGUGUGCAGAAAAUCCCGCAAACCGGCUGACCAGUCCUCGCAGCGCACGCUGGGACGACUACAGCUCCGCCGCGCUCAGUGCGAUGCAUCUCCUACGGUGCCAGUCGACACGCAAUUGUGCACUGAACCUGACGCUACCUCCCUGGAAUGGAUCCCCGAUACGGGAAGUGACAUUGACGCUAUUGGCGUCGAUCAGUUAGCGCAUCUCGGUGGUUUUGUGGAGAAUCUGGCCACAGACCAUGAUAAUGUGCAUGCUGCCAAUGGUGAACGUCUCGUUUCAGCUGGCAAGAUCUCCGCCACUCUCACCAUCGGCUCGCUCAAGCAUGAUAGCACCAUCCAUGUGUACCGUGGACUGCGUGAACCCCUGUUGUCACGCCAAUCGCUAUACGCCUUAGGCCUCUUACCAGACGGCUGGCCCAAGCAAGUUGCGCGUGUUUGUACCAGCAGCACACCACCUCCAACGGCUCCCGUUGUGACGACCGGUCUCGUGAACACACCCGACCCUAGCAAGCUGGCGCAGAUCCGUGCUGACCUACUGCGAGAGUUCGCAGACGUCUUCGACGACACGACAUUGAAACCCAUGUGUGGCAAGCCAAUGGACAUCAUUCUCGAAGAUGAUGCGAAACCUCACCGAGUCUACACAGCUCGUCCUAUCGCACAUGCCUACCGUGAGCAGGUGAAAACCCAGCUCGACAAUAUGGUUGAGGAAGGCAUCAUCGAGACAGUGUCAGAGCCGUGCGACUGGUGCCACCCCAUUGUUGUAGUCGACAAGAAGAAUUCUAGUGAGAAACGUCUGACUGUGGACCUUCAGUCUCUCAACCGACAAGUGAAGCGUCCCACCCACCCCAUGCAGAACGCACGUGAUGUUCUCUCUGGCAUCGGCACAGCCCGAUGGUUCACCAAGUUUGACGCCCGUCAUGGCUAUUGGCAGGUGCCCCUGUCUGAGUCUGCCAAGUCUCUCACUACGUUCAUCACGCCGUGGGGUAGAUACCGAUUCUGCCGGAAUCCACAAGGUCUUGUGUCCGCCGGCGAUGAGUACAACCGCCGCACCGACGCAGCUUUCGACCGUUUGACCCAUCUCAUCAAGGUGGUGGACGACGGCCUCGUUCACGAUGAGUCAUUCUCGGACCAUGUCGCUCACGUCCGUGCCGUCCUGACCCGUGCACGCGAACACGGAAUUACUCUCAGUCAAAAGAAGUUUGUCUUCGCCGCUCCUGAAGUCGAAUUCUGUGGGUUUCAUGUGUCGUCCAACGGAUACACCGUGCCAGCUGACAAGACAUCGGCUCUUCAGCACUUCAACCUACCCACCAAUCGUACCGACCUCCGUUCCUUCCUCGGUCUGGUGAAUCAGUGUGGAGAAUUCACCCCACGGAUAUCCGAGCUCGCAGCUCCGCUACGUCCGUUAUUGAAGACCACGAAUGAGUUCGUGUGGGAUGAUGUCCACACCGCGGCUUUCAACGCCACCAAGUCUGAACUGAUAUCGCCGCCGACUCUCUCGUACUACCGUCCUGGUGACGACCUUCGGCUAGAGACCGACGCCUCUGCCCUGAACGGACUUGGGUUCGUGUUAUGGCAACGCCAAGAUAACCAGUGGCGCAUGCUGCAGUGUGGCAGCCGCUUUCUCACCGACGCAGAGACACGUUAUGCCGUCAUAGAACUGGAGUUACUUGCUGUGGUUUGGGCUGUCCACAAGUGCUCCCUCUUUCUGUCCGGCAGCCGAUUCGAUUUGUUCACUGACCACCGUUCAUUGGUCCCGAUUCUGAACAAGUACACCCUGGAUCAGAUAGAAAAUCCACGUCUGCUACGCCUCGCACUGAAGCUCCGGUCGUGUCAACUCGUCGCGCACUGGCGCAAGGGCAAAGAGAAUGCGUUUGCUGAUGCACUGUCCCGUAACCCGGUCGACAAGCCGACCAGUGAGGAAGAAUUCGGUGAAAGCUCAACGCUCUCAGCACCAGCCAUCAGAGCAUGUCUCCGCCAGGACGAGGAUGGCCGAAUUGCAGACCUCCGGCACUGCGAGCUCUUGGACGCUGCCCGUGCCGAUGAUGACUAUCAGGCCCUUCUCCAAGCCGUUCGUGAAGGUUUCCCUGAUGAUCAGCGCGCCGUCCACUCAGCUGUGAAACCGUACUUCACUAUCCGCGAGCAUCUUUCAGUCGACGGUGAUCUUGUCCUGAAAGGCCAACGUGUUGUGGUCCCGCGUACCCUCCGCCCACGUGUGCUCCAGGAUCUUCAUGCCUCCCACCAAGGCCUCAACCGCACACAGCGUCGAGCUCGACAAGUCGUAUACUGGCCACACUUGUCUAAUGACAUCGCCCAAGUCGUUCGCAGUUGCGAACAGUGUCGCUUGCACGCUCCGUCUCAGUGUAAGGAACCGAUGCGUGUCACCGCUGACCGCCGUCCCACCCUGCCAUUCCAGUCAACGAGUGCCGACUUAUUUUCCUGUCAAGGUUGGGAAUACCUGGUUUACGUCGACCGUCACACUGGCUGGCCUUGCAUUGCCAAGAUCGGCCGCACUGCAUCUUCUGCCGAUGUGAUCCGUGUGUUCCGUGGCUGGUUCGCCGACGUCGGUGUCCCCAGCAUCCUCACCACUGAUGGUGGUCCGCAAUUUUCAUCACGUCGCUUUGCUGAAUUUUGCACCCGAUGGCAAGUUCAGCACUCCACGUCUUCACCUCAUUAUCCUCAAUCUAAUGGCCAUGCCGAAGCCGCCGUGAAAGCGAUGAAAUCACUUGUGCUGAAGACCACGUCCGACGGUAACUUGGACGUCGAUGAGUUCAGACGCGCAUUGUUAGAAUGGCGCAACACCCCCCGAGAAAAUGGUCAGAGCCCAGCCCAAGCACUGUUUGGUCGACCAUUGUCCUCCUUCGUGACAGCUCAUCAUCUCAGCUUUGCUCCUGAUUGGCAAGCAAAAGCCACCGAUGUUGACAAGCGCUCUGCCGCUCAGUCUGCCACCCAAGAACAGCAUUAUGAUGAGUCUGCCAGAUCACUGUCCCCACUUCGCAUUGGCAUGCGGGUUGACAUCCAAGAUCCGCGCACCAAACUCUGGCGCACCACCGGCGUGGUCGUCGCCAUUGGUCGCAACCGGGACUAUAUGGUGAAGUUACCCAGCGGCCGUGUUUACUGGCGCAACCGUCGCCUUCUCAAGCCUGCCCCUGCCGUAGCCCCUCCUGCUCCGCCUGCAGACACCUCCCCGGCUGAGCCCGCAGCACCGCAGCAGCCUUGUGUGCAGCAACCUCGUCGUAGCCAACGGUCUCGCCAGGCACCAGAGCGUUUGAACAUUUCGUCCACAGCAUCUAAGUCCUAUGCUUGA